AUGAAAUUGGGACUGCUUCAGUUUCUCAGUCUUGCGCUAUCUCUUACUCCUCUGUCUUUGGUUGAAUUCAACUUGGCGUUUCACUCUCUCCCGCCUUUUCACUCACUCAAUUCACCUGUGUCCUCCUUCUUCACUCACAGUUCUGGCUCUCUCUCACUGUCUCUGUCGACUGCCCUUCUCUCCCCCAAACCCUUGUUUGUCGGGUCGCAAAGUCCAUCUCAAAGGUAA